UGGCUACAGGGACGCAGACAGGGCCUGAACACUUUGCCGCUAGUCCGGUGACUAUUGCACUUUGCUCAUUCAUACAAACACGAAUGUAAGUGGGCGGGUACACGCUGAGCUAGAGGACUGAAGGCAGAAGUGAAAACAAGUUGAUUUGUGCCAUUGUUCGUCAUGCCGCCUAAGCCCCCAGCCGGCACGAGAAAGCUCAGCAAAGAGGAGAGAGAGAAACUGCGGCGACUUGAGCAGGAGAGGAAGCAAAGGGAGGCGGAAGAGGCAAGGAUAAGAGAAGAGGAGGAGGCGGCGGCGCAGAGGGCGAGGGAGGCGGAAGAGGCGGCGCGACGAGAGGAGCGGCGGAAGGAGCAGCAGCGACAGAGAGUGAAGCAGCUGACGGCGACGCUAGAAGUGAUGCGGCAGCUGGACCGCACUAUGGAGCUGACCCGUGGCCGUCUCAGGGAGCAGGAGGAGUGGGAGCGAAUGAUGCGGUGUGACGGACUGCCUGAUCCCACCAGCGUGCCAGAAAUGAACAGAUACCUGAGUCUGUGGCGCGCUGACCCAGACUCUGGCACACUGAAGGGAGCGCUUGCCAAGACAGACCAGGUCAUCCACGUGAUCUCGGAGCUUGAAGGAGUGAUGGAGGAGAACAGCGACGCCACAGCUAAACAGCGGAGGGACUGGAGGGAGAUCUGGCUGGAGCUGCAGGAGGCACAGAAGGCGAAACUGGACGAAGCCACAUACAACCAACUCCUGGACCUGCGCCCCCACCUGGACCUGGAGACAAUGGUGUACGCCUUCUUCACCUCUUCCCCAUUGGUGUCCCUCGCCCUCUGGAGCAACACUACCAGGUCACCCAAGAACAAUUCCCACGAGGUGAAGGAGCUCGGGUUUACCUUCACGCUGCCGGAGGACCUGGCCGAGGCGGAGUGCGUGGUGCGGGUCAUGAGAACAGAGUACGACCAUUACUCGAAGUUUGCCCGCACCUUCAACAGUCCUGAUGUGCCGGAGCCUGACAUCACCCUCCUCGAUGUGGAGGAUCCCGCCGAUGCAGCAGCUGGCGACGACCAAUCACCGCAGGGCGACCAGAAGAGUGAAGGAAAGGAAGAAGGUGAUAAAAUGGGCGCUCCUCCCACGUCCUCCAAGAAGAACAAGCAGCCUCACUUCACGGACACUGCCUACGCCGAGUUGAACCUGCGUCGGUAUCGUAUCCAAGGCGGCGUGUACACCAUCGACCUCCUGGAAGUACCGCCACAGCCACGCGUGCUCACCGACUGUACCAUAACUCAAGUGGAGGAGGUGUGCACGGUGUCACGCGUGCACUGGGUGGCGCAGUACAACCCGCCAGCUGCUCCUGAGGCGGCAGGACAGCGGCGCCGCGAUCCUGAGGCGGUGGAGCAGGAGAUGAGGCAGCUGGAGCGGGAACUGCAGAAACUAUUACUCAUAACCAUCAAGCUGCCAGACUCUGCUUUCUGGUUCGAGCCGCCGCAGAUGGUGUUGUGGGACGAGGCGAAGCGAUGCUGGUCCAACGAGUACUUCCAUGACGUCAAGUACAAUGAAGACCAAUGUGUCAUGCAGGUGCGCACAACUAGGCUGGGCGUGAUGGGACUGGCCAUGAACCGCUUCGCCAACCUGCCCUUCCAGAGUUGGGAGCUGAAGCCUCAAGGUCCCGGCGCCGUCUCCCUCACGCUGAUCGCUGCGGUUGUGGUGGCGGACUUCACCAUCACGGAGGGACAGGUGUGCCUCGCCAACCUGCAGGACGGCGCCCGCACCGCUCUCUCACACCUGUACGGCAAGCCCAUGAAGCCCAACACACUCAUCAAGACCCUUCAGUUCUACGGCAUCAACCUCUUCCCAGACCGGGACUCCUACUGCUACAUUGACGGGCUUCCGGCCAAGCAUCGCCCCACGGAGCAGCACCUGUACCGCUGCCUAGCCCUCGUCGCCCCAGCCCUGCAUUUCGCCUGGAGCCGCUGGAACCUCCUAGCUGGGGACACCAAGCUCGUGUUCCAGAUGAAGACCAAGAAACUGUCAGCGGACGAUACGCAGGUGGGGCAGCCGCUGGUGCUGGUGACGCCGCAGAAGACUUCCAUCCUGGAGUGCACGGAGAUCUCGCAGGCCUUCUCCACCGCGGACGAGGACGAGUCUAAGUACUACGCGGACCUGUACCAGCUGGUGUUGGGUGAGAUGGGAGAGUCGGUGCGGCAGACGGUGCAGGAUGCCUCCCCAGUCUUUAUCUACACCAUCCACCACGUGCUCAAGUCUGCCUCGGUGAUAUCAUAUUGCUGAGCUGGACGGUGCUACGUGCGUCCAUAUUGUGCACCAUUGUCUGGUACGUAUGUGUGCCGAGCUGUAGUUGUCCUCACAGACGGUUAGAGGCAGUAUACAGUGCUCGAACCUGACAGGAAGUGACGGAUAACAGCUGGGUUAUAAAGCCAAGAGCAGCAAUCUUGGCCACUUCAGGAUGCAGAGCGCCUAAGGUUGCUGUGCCAGAUGUAACAUGAACAAAGGCGAUACUCGAAAGCGUCUAUCAUUCAUGAUGUAGGGGGCGAGUGAGAAUUGCUGGAGGGAACACAGGGUAGCAGUGUCGAGAGUAUUACGAAUAGUGCUAGGCGAGUGUCCACACACUCAGCCGACCAGGCUAGUUAGUAACCCUGUGAUGAGGGAGAAGUCUGUCAUGUUAUGGAUUUCAUCUUUGCUACAUCACCCUUAUCUGUUCUUGAUCUUACUGGCAAUGUGUACAGCAUUUGGUCUUGUAAUCAGUAGCGACAACGUUAUAUAUACAGCUCUGCAUGUAAUAAAUCUUCACUAAUAAACUGAUUAGUAACUUAAA